UUGACCGAUGUCUUCAGAACAUAACAAAACAGAGGGGUUGAGGUUUGAUUCCUCCUCCUCCCCGCAGCAGGUUUCGCUUUGGGAAGACCAGAGACAAGCCUAUUGCCAGCCAGCCUACUGUUGCGCCGAUGCGGAGAGCACCGCGCGGUGGACAGUCAAUCGCAAUGCAAAAUAUGAACGCACUGUAGGCUUCUACGGUUCUUCUUCAACAACAACAACAUCGUUUUCCGCACGGACAGCACGCUUCCUUACUGCUAAAGGAGGAUUUUUUUUCCGGUUGGGUUUGCGCGUUUGGAGUGAAAAUGCCCUUCUGCAAGCGCACAAUAGUUCCCAAGGAUGUCUGUAAAAACGACGCGAAGAGGCAAACUGCGAUUUUCGGGGACUUGGUUGACGUUUGCGGGUUCACACUAUGUUCGGUGCUCCGACAGCUCUCGGAUUUAUCCCGGCACUCCGUCAGCAUCUUGGAAGAGCUCGAGGGCGAGCUCGUGUCUAUCUGUCACCGGUCGGGCACGCUCGAGGGCAAAGUGAUCCGUUUACAGCGACACAUCGCUGCGCUCGCCAGUAAGCCACCGCCAAAGACCAACACCAACUUGGACGCAGAGUCGAAGCGUAGUGCGGCUUCGUCGUCGACGGCGACAUCGGCCCACUUCCGGUCUCCAUGGCAACAGAGCGUGAAUGUGUUUGGCUCGUGGAGCAGGCCGGACUGUGUUCAGGAGCUCCAUCAGGAGGCUCAGCUUAACCUGCAGAGCCUGCUGCAAGACUUUGAAGAGCAGCUGUAUGACACCAAGCUAACAGGCCAGACGUUCCGCCACCCAACAGCUUCAUCCCAGAGUUCUGACGACACGUCCACCACCCUCAGUCGCUCCCCUGUCUCCCUCAACAACAAGAGACCUGAAUUCAUCUUCCUGCCGGCGUCUAAGGGGCAGGUGUGUGAGGAGGAUGAGACCUCCUCAGUAAGUAUCAGUAGGGGUACAGACCCGUCCCCCUCUCCUUCCCCAUCCCCCUGUGGGUCAGAUCGCCCUCUAGUGGGGUGGAGCAGCACCUCCCUGGGACCCCCCGUGGCCGAGAAACCUCGUUGGCACCUGGGACGACGCACCCCCGCUCACCUGCUAUCCCUCGACAUCACAGGUGAGGGUAAACUCUUGGGCGUAGACCUCCUCCAGGGAUCCUGUUCCCCCUCUCCGUCCCUGGGCUGUGGUGGAGGAGGCCAGCCCCGGUCUCUGGAGCCUGUCACAGACACCCCUGUCCAGCACAUACCCCUGAGAAAGACCCAUAGUGACCUGGACCCCAGCUUCAGCCUUCCCCAGUCCCCCAGGAACCCCCCUCCUACCCUGGGCACCAUGGACCACUCUGCCGCCCUCCUCUGCUCCAACUCCCCCUCUCAGUCCUGGAACGGCCCCAAGGGCUCCACCUUCUCCCCGGGAGCCUGGAACGAGGCCUAUAGUUAUAGUUUAGCUCCAAGUCCGCUGGGGAAGGGACCGGCGACCAUGCCCAAGGGAGCAAGGAUGGUGGGGAUGGUUGCGGGGCAGGGUGGGGAGUUGAUGUGCCCCUCUCAGACCAGUUUGGGACUCUCCGUGAGCUCGGGGUCGCAGUCUCACUCUAGUUCGUUCACGUCAAUAUCAGAACCUUCCGGACACAGGCACCCAGGCACCAUAGGGAUGAUGAUGGGGAGGCGGAGCGAGACAGAGGGGGCGGCAUCUAGCCCCACUGACGAACGGAGUGGUCUGGAGAGAGGGAUGGGAGGAGGCGAGAGAAGGGAGAGGUCGGCGCGUUCUGUCGCCGCCGCCAAUGCAUUUAAGUUCCGUGAGCGUUCUCUUUCCACGCCGACGGAUUCCGGCUCGUUCUGCUCCACGGAUAACAUCUGCGGCGGGAUGUACGGCCUCGGUGGACUACCUGGAGCCGGUAAUGGGACAAACGGGAACGGUGGCAGCGUUUUAACAGAGAUGCGCCACCCACACCACCAUUACCCUGGCGGCGAGGGGGGUGAGAGGGGCGAGAGCUAUGCCCUCUUCUACCCCAGCGGGAGCUCCGAGGAUGGGAGCAACAGCAUUGACAACGUCUCCGUAACCGACGGCAACUUCCCCCCGGGCGGUCGCCUACGGUUACGUUCUCGCUCCAUCUCGCUGAAGAAGUCCAAACGCAAACCCCCUCCACCCGUCCGGAGCGUCUCGCUCGUGAAGAAUUUAGGGGACGCCGAGGGGCGCGUGCAUGGCUACAACGGAGGGCACUACCGGGACGGCCGCCCCAAAUCCCUACACAUCCCCCGGGAACACCUCCAGGACUUCCAGCCAGACUUCCUCCUUCCCUCCUCCUCCCUCUCCAAGGCCGAUCUGGAGGAGCCUGAGCUGGGCCACGGCGGCGUGGACGGACCCCCUAGCCUCGAGGUCCACGGACCAGACACAACAGAGCUGUCCUUCCCAGCCCACUGGCAGCUGGAGGAGUGGAAAGCUUCUGACCCCUACAGGUCGUUGUCUGGGUCUAGUACAGCCACAGGGACGACUGUUAUAGAGUGCAUGAAGGUUCGGGGCAGCUCCGAGUCUCUCCUGGACUCUCCCUCCACCUCCAGAGCCACCUCCCCCUCCCUGCUCUCCAUUGAGGCAGAGUCGACCAAAGCUUCCUCCCCCUUCAAGCCACCAGGACUCAUGUCCCCAUCCAGCGGCUACUCUAGCCAGUCAGAAACUCCGACGCCCAUCACCCCCUCCAACCAGGUGGCAGGAACACCAACAGGGCCCGCCUGCACGUUGGGGUGUAAGAUGCGCCCCAAAAUCCCAGAGAGGAAGUCUUCGUUGCCAGCUACAUCACCACGGGACCCUGCCGCCCGAUCGAGGCUGUCCUUCGAGAUGCCGGUUAACGCUCAUCUGGAUUUGUCCUCCAUCAAACCAAAACAGAAGGCCAGCCGGCGCCAUUCUGACACGUCCACCGCCACUAAGCCUGGUAAACUGAGUGUCGGCAGCCAAUCAACUCUCCCAGUGGUGACCACGAAUGAGCUCCGGAACAUCCGCCUGCGUUCUGUCUCCCGUACUGACCUGGAGGACUGCCUUGAUGGAGCCUCUAAUGACAUCAUUGAGGAGGAGCAGGGUCGUGACCUUUCCCCCCCUCCUGUCACCCCCGGUUGCAUCCCCGGCCCCCUCGUUGCCCCCAGACCCAAACCCCCUGUGGCUUUCAAGCCCCCAUUACCCAAACGCCCCCUCAACAUCCUCCUCAAGUCCCCCUCCUCCUCCCCCGUCGCUUCCGAUCCCCCUGCCUCCCCUGUUGACCCUCCCCGGCCCAUGCCUAACCCCAGCAUCUACAUGGUGGUAGGUAGGAAGCCCAAGCUGAAGAAAGUCUUCCCUCACACCCCCACCAGCCCCUUUAGACCCCAGGAACAUCCCCAAACCUUCCCCCUCCACUACCCCCAGAGCCUCUACGAUGCCCCUUCCUUCCCCCACACCCGGUCCCUGUACGAUCUGCCUCCUCUCCCCCUGCCCCAGCCCCUCCUGGAGGACCCCUCCAUGGAGCCAGAGUUCAACCCUGACUUGGAGCUCCAUCUUGGGCCUGAGGAUGGAGGGUCUCUCCCCUCUCCCUGCAGUAACCAGGAAGUGCUGGAGACUCAGGAUAAGAGCAAGUCUCUACCUAGCAGGAUGACCAUAUCCUGUCUGGCUGAAUUGGACAAGAAGAAACCCAAGGUUCCUCCGCCGGUUCCAAAGAAGCCCAACGUCCUGCUUCUUCCCUCCAACGGUACCACCGACAGACAGGGAACACAGACAGACUGCCCUGCCGCCCUCCGCUCUCCCGUUGGAGCGUUCCCACCAGAAGAGAUUCCCGGGACAGAGGAAAAUGACCUGGGAAUAGGGACGGAUGAGGAAAGCUCCAUGGAGUCUUCAUUACAGGACUCUUCUUUUACAGACGUGGAGGGGAGGCUCAGCAUUACAGAGACAGGCAGAAGUGAUGAUGCGGAGAGUGUUGAGGAGAGCAGUUCGGUCGUUAGUGACAAGACGGAACUCCACAUCACAGAGGAAAUGGAUGAUGAUGUCAGAGGACACACACCUACCACACACACCACAGAGGACCUGUUCACCAAAAUACACAGGUCAAAAAGGAAAGUCCUGGGCCGUAAGGAACCAGGGGACUCGUUCGGCAGCCGCCAGAGUCUGGUUUCCCCGGUGAAGCACAGCACCAGUGGUGGUGACCUCCGAACCCUGACCCUGGGCUCGACCCCGCGCUCCACCUCGCGGAAUGACAACUUCAUAGCCCUGCUCCAAAAGAAGGGCAGCAAGUCCAGCACGGGAGGGGCCAGAGUCUCUGCUAUGGAACUCCUCAAGAGCACAAACCCCCUCGCACGACGCGUCACAGAAUUCUCCACCUCGGCAGACGGAGGAGGUGAUAUGACCACCGGGAAUAAUGGAACCAGAAUGCCUCAGGACCAAUGAGAGUUUUUAAACCACUUGUCCCAGGUCAUCCCCAUCUCUCUAUCUCUCUCUAUCUCUCUCUCUCUCUUAUCUCCUGAGAAAGUAGUUUGAAUCUAGUUAUAGACUUUUCGAUCGGACUAUUGAUGGGAGAAAGGAACAUUCAACCAGACCACUCAACCACUGAUUGACCUUUCACGAACGUUUAUUAACUGGCCAAUGGUUGGUCACAAUGGUCACCAAAGGAGUUCUGUUUAUGACGCCGUCCGUUCCAUCAUUAAGGGGUAUUAUUUUUGGAGGUCUCCUUCAGUCUAAAGGAGAACGUUAGGAUUGUUAAUGUCAUGCUUCAACACACUAUGUUUUUUUAAACGAGAGAGAGACUAUACUAGGGAAAGUUUGAUUGGAUAAUAGACCUGGGUACAUCGCAGGCCUGUGCUUGAUGGCGACAGAUGCCACACUAGUCUUUUGAAGACAUGGGGCGAGUGUGUGUGUCAUAUUUUCUGUCCCUCGCGCAACAACAACGACAACAAAACUACAACGGUUUAAGUCAAACAUUCCACGGGAAGAUUGACAGUUGGACAUGGUACCAAGCCCCGACCCUUUAUGUUUGAAUCAAAGCACUUUGGCGACUGCCUGCCGAGGUAGUUUACAACAACGAGGAAAACAACAACGCCUUUGUCCUCCCUGUUAUUCGUUUGUUUAUGUUUCUCUUUUCAUACGCGAUAGAAGGCCAUAUAAAUGUACAAAGAUAUACAUACAUUCCGUAUAAACUGAAAAGAUCUAUGGAGAGCCACAGUGUAUAGUAGUACUACUAACAGUAGUAGUAUAAUAGUACUACACUAGUACUAACAGUAGUAGUAUAAUAGUACUACACUAGUACUAACAGUAGUGGUACAAUAGUACUACAGUAGUACUAACAAUAGUACUAACAGUAGUGGGACAGAAGUACUACAGUAGUACUAACAGUAGUAGUAUAAUAGUACUACACUAGUACUAACAGUAGUAGUACAAUAGUACUACAGUAGUACUAACAAUAGUACUAACAGUAGUAGGACAGAAGUACCACAGCAGUACUAACAGUAGUAGUACUACAGUAGUACUAACAGUAAUAUGGCUACUGUAGUACUAACAGUAGUAGGCUACUAUGUGAUACACCUCACAGCACACAACAGGAUCAAACCAACUGAACUGAAGGAGCGACGCUAUGGAACACAAUCCCAUGAACCCUUACCCACGGAUCUCCCCGCACUGCCGUCAGAGUGUGUGUGUACUUGCGUGCGUGUGUGUGUGUGUGUGUAUACAGGAAAUGAUAACCAAACACAGCAAGGGAGGUGUGAAUGAUGGAGGGCACAGAAUUGAACCCUGUGGAUAUUUCUUAACAGAGAGUAUGAUACAGGGUUGGGUUUAUUUAACAGGGUUUAGACUGGUUUCUGUUAGGACCAAAGGACUGCCAUAAACAGACCAGUGGAGACGUGUUUGUGUGUGUGUG